ACGACUGUUCAUAGAAAGUCAGCCUGUGGCCGAUAUAUAAAACACGGCAAAGAAUUACCGACUCACAAAGCCUUCCAUAUCAUCGUACAAUCAUGAAGGCAUUGGUUGUCGUAAGCGUCGUUUACUUUUGCGUAGCUCUAGCUGCCGAACCGGAGAAAAAAGAGGUUGCGGAGGAGAGUAAAAAACAGGAGAAACGAGGAAUAUUCGGCCUUGGAGACCACGGAGGCAAUUUUGGAGGAGGAGGAGACUUUGGUGGUCAUGAUUUAGGCGGCGGUUCGGGUGGUGGAUACGGGGGCGGUUAUGGGGGCGGUUACGGGGGCGGUUACGGAGGAGGUUACGGGGGCGGUUACGGGGGCAGUUACGACGGCGGCCACCACGAACACGUCAAAACAGUCGUUGUCGAAAAGAAAAUUCCAACCCCCUACGAAGUGGUUAAACACGUUCCUUACACCGUAGAGAAGAAAGUACCAUACGAAGUCAAGGUACCAGUACCCCAACCGUACGAGGUGAUGAAGAAAGUUCCAGUACCAGUCAAGGAGUAUAUCAAAGUACCCUACAUAGUACCACAACCCUAUGAAGUUAUCAAGAAAGUACCUUACGAAGUAAAAGUACCAGUACCAAGACCGUACGAAGUUAAAGUUCACGUUCCCCAGCCUUACACCGUCGAAAAGAAAAUCCCAGUACCAGUCAAAGUGCCAGUUCCUCAGCCCUACACAGUUUACAAGAAAGUACCAUACCCAGUCAAAGUAGAAGUACCAGUACCACAACCAUACACCGUAGAAAAGAAAGUACCUUACGAAGUCAAAGUACCAGUAGACAGACCUUACACCGUUCAUGUACCCAAGCCCUACCACGUCACCGUAGAGAAGCACGUACCAUACCCAGUAGACAAGCCAGUACCAUACGAAGUGAAAGUACCAAUCGAUAGGCCGUACCCCGUCUCAGUACCAAAACCUGUGCCUUACCCAGUCAAAGUACCGGUGCCACAACCCUACACCGUCGUGAGGAAAGUUCCAGUGGAGAUUGAGAAACCCGUCCCGGUACCAGUCAAGGUGCACGUCGACAAGCCUUACCCCGUUAUCAAGGAAGUACCUUACCCAGUGGAGAAAGAAGUUCCAUACCCCGUCAAGGUUCCGGUUGCGGUACCAGUGCAUGUACACGAACAUCAUGAUAUCGGUGGCGGAUAUGGUGGUGGGCAUGGGUACCACCACUAGUUGUUGAUAGAUCUUUGUAAUUGUUAUGUAAUGUAAUUCGCUGUUAAAGGUGAACAAAUACUCUAUGUCGACAUCUGCGUUUGAUUGUCAUUUCCUUAAAUGAAACCAGGAAGAAAGCAGUAUUAUUACUUAGAAAACUGUGUUGAUUAGUAUAUUUAUCUACUCUUAUAAUAAAUCAUUUCUGUAUA